CGUUAUCUCGUGCGCCGGAAGUGAUCCCUCUGGGACCGAGAACACCAUAGAGACGGGAGGAGCCGCCCGGAGUGACCCGUGAGAGAGAACAGAGACCCCCGGAGUGACCCUUUACUAGAGACGCCCGGGUGUGACAGGAAAGGAGGGGCACUGCAACAGUGUCGCGGAAUUUCCGACACCCCGGAAGUGACUGGAGAGGACAAAAGCCCUGGGAAGGAGCGGAGAAGAAAGGAACCCCGUGUAGUGGACCGUCAGCAGAGAGACAGCAGCCAGAGAGAAGCCCUCGCUGACGGCAGGGAGCCCGGCAGAGGGUGUGUCCCUGCGUCUGGUGCUCGCUAGGUCAUCUGUUGGCUGCUCAUUUGACUUUGAGUUCUGCAGAGGCCGGCUGUUCCCCCAAUUACUGGGACAUUAAGUAUAACCACAGGAGGUACGGGGCUGUAAAGCAGUGUUACCCUAGCAAACAUGCCAUUUCCCUUUGGGAAGUCCCACAAGUCUCCUGCAGACAUAGUGAAGAACCUGAAGGAAAGCAUAGCAGUACUGGAGAAGCAAGACAUCUCGGACAAGAAAGCAGAAAAGGCAACUGAAGAAGUGUCUAAAAACCUGGUGGCAAUGAAGGAGAUCCUUUAUGGGACGAAUGAGAAGGAACCUCAGACUGAAGCCGUGGCACAGCUCGCUCAGGAACUGUACAACAGCGGCCUCCUUGGAACUUUAGUGGCUGAUCUCCAGCUCAUUGACUUUGAGGGCAAGAAGGAUGUGGCUCAGAUCUUCAAUAAUAUAUUACGAAGGCAGAUUGGAACACGGACCCCAACAGUGGAAUAUAUAUGCACCCAGCAGAAUAUUCUCUUCAUGCUGUUGAAAGGGUACGAGUCUCCAGAGAUUGCUUUGAAUUGCGGAAUCAUGCUGCGGGAGUGUAUCAGACAUGAACCACUUGCCAAGAUUAUUUUGUGGUCUGAGCAGUUUUACGACUUCUUCCGAUAUGUAGAAAUGUCAACCUUUGAUAUCGCUUCUGAUGCCUUUGCUACGUUUAAGGACCUAUUGACUAGGCAUAAACUCCUGAGUGCCGAGUUUUUGGAACAGCAUUAUGAUCGGUUCUUCAGUGAAUAUGAGAAAUUGUUGCACUCAGAAAACUAUGUGACGAAGAGACAGUCCUUGAAGCUACUUGGUGAACUUCUUUUGGAUCGACACAAUUUCACCAUCAUGACAAAGUAUAUCAGUAAACCUGAAAACCUCAAGCUGAUGAUGAAUCUGCUACGUGACAAGAGCCGCAACAUCCAGUUUGAAGCUUUCCAUGUGUUUAAGGUAUUUGUAGCCAACCCGAACAAGACACAGCCUGUCCUGGAUAUCCUCCUCAAGAACCAGAGCAAGCUAAUUGAAUUCCUCAGCAAGUUUCAGAAUGACCGCACUGAGGACGAGCAGUUUAACGAUGAGAAAACCUACCUAGUGAAACAAAUUCGGGACCUGAAAAGACCUGCACAGCAAGAGGCCUGAAGUGGACGGUGGGGGGGAGGGAGGAGCCCAAACCCAGCGCUUGCUGCGAGAGUAUUCAGUAUCCCGUGGACUUUGAGAGCAACAUCCUCACUUCUACCCCAGAGUCACCCUAUUCCAUUGCAUUUGAAGUUUUAGUCCGAGUGUAACCCCUUCUCUGAUGGAAGAACCCAGACGCUGCCCUAUUCUGCUGCAGCUCAGGGGUUGAAAGAUGAAUGCAUAACUACUUUGUUCUUUCUUUUUUUUUUUUUUCCCCUUACACCUAUACUGAGCAAGAUGGACUUCCUCUCCCUUCUAUCCUUUAUGUUGCAUCAACACGGGAUUGAGACUCGCUGGUUAUCACAGUAUCAGGGUGCAAAAGUGAAAUGAAACGAAAAAAAAAAAAAAAAAAAAGAGGUCUUAGAGUCUCGAGCGAGUGUGUAGUACCUAGUCUGGGUUUUGGAUAAGAUGGCAUACAUGUAGUUAAUCAUUUUCUUUUUUUUUAUUGCAACGCAUUGCAUGCUUGCAGCAAAAAAA